AUGGCGACUGGAAUACUCAAGGUAAAAGACACCCAGGUGGUCGACAAUGGCGGAAAUGCAGUCAUCUUGCGAGGCUGUGCUAUCGGAGGAUGGCUCAAUAUGGAAAACUUCAUCGUAGGCUACCCCGGUCACGAAUCAAGCAUUCGCACUGCGAUGUUGGAGGUCAUGGGUCAGAAGAAGUACGACUUCUUCUUCGACCGAUGGCUAUACUACUUUUUCACAGAAGCCGAUGCAAAGUUCUUCAAGUCACUAGGUCUGAAUUGCAUCCGCAUUCCGUUCAACUAUCGACACUUCGAAGACGACAUGAAUCCCCGUGUGCUCAAAGAAAGCGGCUUCAAGCACCUGGAUCGGGUGAUUGACCUCUGUGCAAAGGAGGGUAUUUAUACCAUCCUGGACAUGCAUACUGUUCCCGGUGGCCAAAGCCCUGGCUGGCAUGCCGAUAACACCACGAGCUAUGCCGCAUUCUGGGAUUAUAAGGACCAUCAAGACCGAACGGUUUGGCUGUGGGAGCAGCUUGCACACCGCUACAAAGGCAACCCCUGGAUAGCGGGAUACAACCCUAUUAAUGAACCUUGUGAUCCAAAACAUGUCCGCUUGCCCGCUUUUUAUGCUCGACUGGAGAAAGCAAUAAGAGCCGUUGAUCCAGAUCACAUUCUGUGGCUUGACGGGAAUACAUUCGCAGCUGAAUGGAAGGGCUUUAACACAGUCCUCCCAAAUUGUGUCUAUGCCCUGCAUGAUUACAGUAUGAUGGGCUUUCCCACUGGACGCCCGUACGAGGGGACUUCUGAGCAAAAGGAGAGAUUGGAGGCGCAGUUCCUGCGCAAGUCCGAGUUCCAGAGGAGUCAUAAAACCGCAAUCUGGAAUGGCGAAUUCGGGCCCGUGUACGCAAACCCUAAAUGGGAUGAGAACGCCGAAGAGAUCAACCAAAAACGAUACAAUAUGCUGGGCGAGCAGAUGCGGAUCUAUGACAAAUUCCAAAUUCCGUGGUCUAUCUGGCUCUUCAAGGACGUCGGCCUGCAAGGCAUGGUCUACACGUCUCCCGACUCGCCCUGGAAUAAACUGAUAGAGCCUAUACUGGAAAAGAAGAAGCGCCUGCAGCUGGACGCAUGGGGGAAGUAUCCGUCCAAAGAAGUCGACGAUGUGAUGUUGCCCCUCAUCAGCUGGAUAGACUCUGUCUCGCCAACGGCGAAGAAUGUCUACCCAUCCACGUGGAACACUGCAAGGCACAUCGAGCGUGCCGUCCUGCAAACCUUCCUUGCGGAGACAUUUUGUCAGGAAUUUGCCGAGCUGUUUCGCGACAAGGAUGAAGGUGCUCUGGAGGAGCUAGCGAGGAGCUUCAGCUUCGAGAAUUGUGUCCAAAGGGAGGGCCUGAACAAGAUCAUGUCCGACUACGCCGCUGUCGCGUCGAAGACUACCUGA